AUGAGUUUGAAGGUAAUUUUUGAGGCUGUCCGAGGACUAACAGAGUAUGGGGAUACAGCACUGGACAAUGUGAGAGUGAGGGAUGGAUCCUGUGAAGCUGGCCCUACACCUGUACCACCAACACCUACACCAACAGAGCCUACACCACCACCAGUGACAGAAGCAAUUUGCAGUAUACAUGGAGACCCUCACUACCACACAUUUGACAAGCAGCUACACAGCUUCAUGGGCACCUGCACCUACACCCUCUCCAAGCUGUGCGAGAGCAACAGCUCCCUGCCCUACUUCAACGUGGAAGCAGCCAACGAGCACAGGGGGAGCAACACUCGUGUGUCCUACGUCCGAUACGUGGAUGUCGAUGUGGCUGACCAGCGGAUAAGGCUGGGGCAGGGUGGAGUGGUGACGGUGAAUGGAGUGGCAGAGAUCCUGCCUUGCAGCCCAUCCGCAGGUGUGCAGGUCUUGUCCAGUGGGUUCUACACUAUGGUCAUGACAGACUUUGGCUUGAGAGUGAAGUUUGAUGGGGUCCAUCGGGUGGAGGUGACACUUCCAAGCACCUUUGGGCAGAAGGUUUGUGGCAUGUGUGGGAACUACAACGGGAUGGCAGCAGAUGACUUCCUGAACCCGGAAGGGAUGCUGGAGCCAGACUCUACCAGCCUGGGCAACAGCUGGGAGGUGUCCAAAAACAGCAGCUGCUCAGCCGGAUCACUCCCCACCCCAGCCUGCAAUGACACGGACAAGCAGGUGAUCGCCAGCAGCCACUUCUGUGGGCUCCUCAUUGACACCAGUGGCCCCUUUCAGAUCUGCCACGCUGUGCUGAGCCCCAGCAGUUACUUUGAGACCUGCUCGUAUGACCUGUGUGAGCUGGGGCUGGACCAGGAGACCCUGUGCAAGAGCUUGCAGUCCUAUGCAGAUGCCUGUCAGGCCCUUGGGGUCCAGAUACCCGUGUGGAGGAACACAACCUUCUGCCCGAUCACCUGUCCGGCCAACAGUCACUAUGAGCCCUGUGCUACUGCCUGCCCUGCCACCUGUUUUGACCCAAUGGCUCCAGUCACCUGCAGCCUGCCAUGCGUGGAGGGCUGUGUGUGUGACAGCGGGUACCUCCUCUACCACGACCGAUGUGUGCCCAGCCAGCAGUGCGGGUGUUGGUACAACGGGCAGCACUACCCCGUGGGCUCCGAGUUCUGGACGGACAACAGCUGCUCCUCCAAGUGCAUGUGUCCCGCACGGGGAAGCAAAGUCCAGUGUUUCGAAGCCUCAUGCCCUGUGGGACAGUACUGCGGGGUGCAGGGUGGGAAACCCGUGUGCCUCGAACACUCCUACGGCAUCUGUCACGUCCACGGGGACCCUCACUACAACACCUUUGACAAGGUGACGCACAACUUCAUGGGCAACUGCACCUACACCCUGGCCAAAGUGUGCUCCAACACCACCUCCCUGCCCUACUUCAAUGUGGAGGCCAAGAACGAGCAUCGCGGCAACAGCAGGGUGUCCUAUGUGCGCGAAGUGCUGGUUGAGGUGUACGGACAGCGCAUUGCCAUCCUCAAGCAGGAGAAGAGCCAAGUGCUGGUGAACGGCGUGCGCCAGACCCUGCCGGUGAGGGCAGCGGGAGGUGCGAUCACGGUGAGCAAGAGCGGCCGCUACGUCGUCCUGGAGACAGACUUCAGCCUCACAGUGUCCUACGACACUGACCACUCGGUGGAGGUGAAGGUGCCCACCACCUACUUCAACCUGACCUGUGGCAUGUGCGGGAACUUCAACAACCGGAGAGACGACGAAUACAUGAUGCCCAAUGGGCAGCAAGCCGCAGACUCCAAUGCACUGGGGGAGAGCUGGCAGGUCCCAGACAGUGACCCCUCUUGCGGUGUCCCCGUCCCCUCCCCACCUUGCAGUGCAGAGGAGGAGGAGCUCUACAAGUCAGACCGCUUCUGUGGCAUACUGACCAGCACGCCCAGCUCUUUUGAGUUGUGCCACAGUGUGAUCAACCCCCAGAGCUAUUUUGACACCUGCCUCUACGACCUUUGUGCCCUGAAUGGUGGCCAGGAGUUUCUGUGUGCUGCUCUGGAGGCCUACGCUGACGCGUGCCAGGCAGCCGGCGUGACUCUUCUGCCCUGGAGGAAUGCUACCUUCUGCCCUGUUGCAUGCCCUCCCAACAGUCAUUACAACCCAUGCACCAGUGCUUGUCCAGCAACCUGCACUGAUCCUCUUGCAUCUAAGAACUGCAGCAAACCUUGUGUAGAAGGAUGUGAAUGCAACAAUGGUUUUGUCAUCAGCGGGGGACAGUGUGUGUCCAUGAGCAACUGUGGCUGCCUUCAGAAUGACAAAUAUUAUGAGAAAGGAGAAUCUUUUUGGCAACCAGACUGUGUAGGCCAAUGUGUAUGUGCUGGAAAUGGGACUGUAGUUUGCAAUUCAGACACGUGUGAAGUAAGUGAAGUUUGCAAGGUACAGAAUGGACUCUUGGGAUGUUACCCAUUGAAUCCCAGCACCUGCCACAUUUUUGGGGAUCCACAUUAUAUAACCUUUGAUGGAAGACUGUACCAUUUCCAAGGAGACUGCAAUUAUACUGUUGUUGAGAGAUGCACAAAUUCUUCUGAAAAGUUCUCAGUGACUACCAGAAAUGAACAUAGAGGAAACCCAAACUGGACAGCCUUGAACUCAGUUUCUGUCACACUGGAAAACCUUCACAUUGUUUUGAAGAAAAAUAGAGAGACCUAUGUGGAUGGAGUUCAGGUUAAACUUCCUGUGGAUUUGAACCAUGGAGCCAGAGUAGCCACAAAAGGACACUACGUGGUCGUUGAUACCUCUCUAGGGAUCCAGGUUAAGUUUGAUGGUGACCAGGAGCUUUUCAUUCUGGUUGAUGAAAGUCUCAAAGGACAGCUGUGUGGUCUCUGUGGAACAUUCAAUGACAACCAACUAGAUGACUUUUUAAACCCGGAUAAAGUCCUAGAACAGGAUCCAAAUAAAUUUGGUGACAGCUGGAUAGUGAAGGAUGACAACAGGACGUGUAAUGCAGUUUCAGUUGUGCCGCCUGCUUGUGACACAGCAAAAGAGAAAGAAUAUGAAGAACUCUGCAAAAUUGUUUUGCAAAAUAGUGGACCUUUUCAGGCCUGCCAUUGGCACAUUCCCCCACAGCUGUACUUCGAGAGCUGCGUCUAUGAUCUGUGUGCCACAGAGGCGGAUUCUGACCAGUUCUGCAAGAUUUUAGAGGCAUAUGCUGCUGCCUGUGAACUUGGAGGUGUAAAUCUGGGUGAAUGGAGGAAAGAUACCAUCUGCAAAAUGACUCCAACCACACCAGGCACCACCAUCACCACACCUUCAGAAGAGACACCCACGUCAACACCCACAUCAACACCCAUGCCAGGCACAGAGACCUGUGUGGUGGAAGGAGACCCUCACUACCACACAUUCGACAAGCAGCUACACAGCUUCAUGGGCACCUGCACCUACACCCUCUCCAAGCUGUGCGAGAGCAACAGCUCCCUGCCCUACUUCAACGUGGAAGCAGCCAACGAGCACAGGGGGAGCAACACUCGUGUGUCCUACGUCCGAUACGUGGAUGUCGAUGUGGCUGACCAGCGGAUAAGGCUGGGGCAGGGUGGAGUGGUGACGGUGAAUGGAGUGGCAGAGAUCCUGCCUUGCAGCCCAUCCGCAGGUGUGCAGGUCUUGUCCAGUGGGUUCUACACUAUGGUCAUGACAGACUUUGGCUUGAGAGUGAAGUUUGAUGGGGUCCAUCGGGUGGAGGUGACACUUCCAAGCACCUUUGAGCAGAAGGUUUGUGGCAUGUGUGGGAACUACAACGGGAUGGCAGCAGAUGACUUCCUGAACCCGGAAGGGAUGCUGGAGCCAGACUCUACCAGCCUGGGCAACAGCUGGGAGGUGUCCAAAAACAGCAGCUGCUCAGCCGGAUCACUCCCCACCCCAGCCUGCAAUGACACGGACAAGCAGGUGAUCGCCAGCAGCCACUUCUGUGGGCUCCUCAUUGACACCAGUGGCCCCUUUCAGAUCUGCCACGCUGUGCUGAGCCCCAGCAGUUACUUUGAGACCUGCUCGUAUGACCUGUGUGAGCUGGGGCUGGACCGGGAGACCCUGUGCAAGAGCUUGCAGUCCUAUGCGGAUGCCUGUCAGGCCCUUGGGGUCCAGAUACCCGUGUGGAGGAACACAACCUUCUGCCCGAUCACCUGUCCGGCCAACAGUCACUAUGAGCCCUGUGCUACUGCCUGCCCUGCCACCUGUUUUGACCCAAUGGCUCCAGUCACCUGCAGCCUGCCAUGCGUGGAGGGCUGUGUGUGUGACAGCGGGUACCUGCUCUACCACGACCGAUGUGUGCCCAGCCAGCAGUGCGGGUGUUGGUACAACGGGCAGCACUACCCCGUGGGCUCCGAGUUCUGGACGGACAACAGCUGCUCCUCCAAGUGCACGUGUCCCGCACGGGGAAGCAAAGUCCAGUGUUUCGAAGCCUCAUGCCCUGUGGGACAGUACUGCGGGGUGCAGGGUGGGAAACCCGUGUGCCUCGAACACUCCUACGGCAUCUGUCACGUCCACGGGGACCCUCACUACAACACCUUUGACAAGGUGACGCACAACUUCAUGGGCAACUGCACCUACACCCUGGCCAAAGUGUGCUCCAACACCACCUCCCUGCCCUACUUCAAUGUGGAGGCCAAGAACGAGCAUCGCGGCAACAGCAGGGUGUCCUACGUGCGCGAAGUGCUGGUUGAGGUGUACGGACAGCGCAUUGCCAUCCUCAAGCAGGAGAAGAGCCAAGUGCUGGUGAACGGCGUGCGCCAGACCCUGCCGGUGAGGGCAGCGGGAGGUGCGAUCACGGUGAGCAAGAGCGGCCGCUACGUCGUCCUGGAGACAGACUUCAGCCUCACAGUGUCCUAUGACACUGACCACUCGGUGGAGGUGAAGGUGCCCACCACCUACUUCAACCUGACCUGUGGCAUGUGCGGGAACUUCAACAACCGGAGAGACGACGAAUACAUGAUGCCCAAUGGGCAGCAAGCCGCAGACUCCAAUGCGCUGGGGGAGAGCUGGCAGGUCCCAGACAGUGAUCCCUCUUGCGGUGUCCCCGUCCCCUCCCCACCUUGCAGUGCAGAGGAGGAGGAGCUCUACAAGUCGGAUCGCUUCUGUGGCAUACUGACCAGCACGCCCAGCUCUUUUGAGUUGUGCCACAGUGUGAUCAACCCCCAGAGCUAUUUUGACACCUGCCUCUACGACCUUUGUGCCCUGAAUGGUGGCCAGGAGUUUCUGUGUGCUGCUCUGGAGGCCUACGCUGACGCGUGCCAGGCAGCCGGCGUGACUCUUCUGCCCUGGAGGAAUGCUACCUUCUGCCCCCUGAAGUGUCCUUCCAACAGCUCCUAUGACCCUUGCAUGACCGGCUGUCCUGCCACCUGUGUUGACCAACAAGCCCCACAGAACUGCUCCAAGCCCUGCGUGGAGGGCUGUGCAUGUACCUCUGGCUUCCUCCUCAGCGGAGACACCUGUGUGCCCGAGGCCCAGUGUGGCUGCCUCUUUGAGGACAACUACUACAGCGAAGGCGAGUACUUCGUGAACGAGAAUUGCACUCGCCGGUGCCGGUGUGAAGCCAAUGGCCAGAUGGUUUGCUCUGCCUUGUCCUGUGGCGAGGAGGAGGUCUGCAAGAUCCAGAACGGCCAGAGGGGCUGUUACCCAGCCAGCACUGCGCUCUGCCACAUCUACGGUGACCCGCAUUACAGCACCUUCGAUGGGAAGCUUCACCACUUCCAGGGCUCCUGCAACUACACCGUUGUGACAGGCUGUGACAACUCCUCCAUCGGGUUCAGUGUCACCACCCGCAAUGAACAUCGUGGCAGCCAGAGCUGGACAGCUCUGAACUCUGUGGCACUGUCCCUGGAAGGCCUCCACGUUGCACUGCGCGAGCGCAAGGCCGUCUACGUCAACGGUGCUCUGGUCUCCCUGCCUGCUUCUCCUGCCCCCGGUGUGACCAUUUCCCUGAGCGGCUCCUACGUGCAUGUUUCCACCAAGCUGGGCCUGCAGCUGCAGUUCAACGGGGACCACGAGCUCCUCGUGAAGGUGUCUGAGAAGCACAAGGGCAAGCUCUGUGGGCUGUGUGGGACGUACACUGGGAGCCAGCAGGACGACUUCAUGCGCCCCGAUGGAGUUGUCGUGCCCGACUUCAAUGACUUUGGAGCCAGCUGGAUGGUGCCGGAUGAUGAGUGGCCGUGUGACCCAGCCAUCAGCCCGCCUGUGUCCUGCUCCCCUGCCGAGGAGGAGGCAGCUAACAAGCAGUGUUCAAUCCUCACGCAUCUGGGUGGCCCGUUCCAGCCAUGCCAUGCAGUUCUGCCACCCCAGACCUACUUUGAGAGCUGUGUCUAUGACCAGUGUGCCACAGGCGGCAGCACGGAGCAGCUCUGCAAUGACCUGGGGGCCUAUGCCACAGCCUGCGCGGAGGCAGGGGUUGCCCUGGGAGACUGGAGUGCUGGCACUGUCUGUGCUCCUACACCCUCGUCCCCCUUGCCAGACACUACAACACGGCCUCCACAUACAACAACCUCACCGGCACCUGGGACAAGCACAGCUCCCCCGACAGACUGCAAUUUCACCUGCACAUUCGACAAGGACUUCUGUGGCUGGGUCCAGGCAGACUACAGCAGCAUUGACUGGAUAAGGAACAGAGGCCCAACGCCCACACCAAAUACCGGCCCCUCCUCUGACCACACAACUGGAGACGGCUACUACAUCUACCUGCAAGGGACUGAUGAUGCUCUCUCCGGGUUUGUGGCUGUCCUGGUCGGUCCGGUGUGCAGUUGGGAAGGAACGCACUGCUUCCGCUUCUGGUACCACAUGUACGGAAACUCUGAAAUGGCCCUGCGGGUGUACGUGGCAAAGGACUGUGAGCAAGUGGAGGUGUGGAAUCAAGAAGGGAACCAUGGGGACACGUGGCACUUGGGAGAGGUGACGGUGCACAUCACAGGAGAUACGCAGAUUUUGCUGGAGGGACAGUGGGGCGAAGACGCCCGGAGCAACGUAGCAUUGGAUGAUCUGUCCAUUGAAAAGGGAUCCUGUGCAGCAACACCCACGAUCCCACAGCCAGGCACUACAACGCAGACAACACCAAGACCACCAACAGCACCACCGGGGACGCCUCAGGUGGACAAGGCUGCUGCAACAAAACGCCAUGCUGAACACGUGCCCAUUUCUUCCUCUGAUCUCAUCAUAGGUCAAACUAUCCUCCUACAAACCCGCAACCCCCUGCCGAACGUCACGACGCAGACAACACCAAGACCACCAACAGCACCACCGGGGACGACCUCAGGUCCACUUCCUCCUACACCCUCAACCCCACUGCCUAACAUCACGACGCAGACAACACCAAGACCACCAACAGCACCACCGGGGACGACCUCAGCUCCUACACCCUCGUCCCCCUUGCCAGACACUACAACACGGCCUCCACAUACAACAACCUCACCGGCACCUGGGACAAGCACAGCUCCCCCGACAGACUGCAAUUUCACCUGCACAUUCGACAAGGACUUCUGUGGCUGGGUCCAGGCAGACUACAGCAGCAUUGACUGGAUAAGGAACAGAGGCCCAACGCCCACACCAAAUACCGGCCCCUCCUCUGACCACACAACUGGAGACGGCUACUACAUCUACCUGCAAGGGACUGAUGAUGCUCUCUCCGGGUUUGUGGCUGUCCUGGUCGGUCCGGUGUGCAGUUGGGAAGGAACGCACUGCUUCCGCUUCUGGUACCACAUGUACGGAAACUCUGAAAUGGCCCUGCGGGUGUACGUGGCAAAGGACUUUGAGCAAGUGGAGGUGUGGAAUCAAGAAGGGAACCAUGGGGACACGUGGCACUUGGGAGAGGUGACGGUGCACAUCACAGGAAAUACGCAGAUUUUGCUGGAGGGACAGUGGGGCGAAGACGCCCGGAGCAACGUAGCAUUGGAUGAUCUGUCCAUUGAAAAGGGAUCCUGUGCAGCAACACCCACGAUCCCACAGCCAGGCACUACAACGCAGACAACACCAAGACCACCAACAGCACCACCGGGGACGACCUCAGGUCCACUUCCUCCUACACCCUCAACCCCACUGCCUAACAUCACGACGCAGACAACACCAAGACCACCAACAGCACCACCGGGGACGACCUCAGGUCCACUUCCUCCUACACCCUCAACCCCACUGCCUAACAUCACGACGCAGACAACACCAAGACCACCAACAGCACCACCGGGGACGACCUCAGCUCCUACACCCUCGUCCCCCUUGCCAGACACUACAACACGGCCUCCACAUACAACAACCUCACCGGCACCUGGGACAAGCACGGGUCCAUCAGCACCAACACCCACGAUUCCCUUGCCAGGCACUACAACGCAGCCUGCCCACACAACAUCACCAACAACACCAAUACCCAGCUCAGACCGUGCUUCCUGCAGCGCCUCUGGAGAUCCACAUUAUAACACUUUUGACCACAGAGUCCAUAAUUUCAUGGGAAAUUGCACUUACACCCUCUCCAAAGUGUGCAAUGUCUCUGAGAAGCUUCCAUACUUCGAUGUGUCCACAACAAAUGAGCACAGAGGAGCCAACACCAAAGUCUCUUAUGUGAAGUCAGUGCAAGUGGAAGUCUAUGACAACCAGAUAUCUCUACAGAAAAACAAGAAAGUGAAUGUGAAUGGUCGCAGAAUGAACCUGCCUGUAUUUAUUGAGAAGAAAAUCAGUAUUCAAAGCAGUGGUGGAUAUGUUCUCUUGGAAACUGACUUUGGACUGUGGGUGAGAUACGAUGGAAACCACUAUGCGGAAGUCUCCGUGCCCUCUAAUUACAGUCAUCUGCUCUGUGGCCUCUGUGGUAAUUAUAAUGGUGAUCCAAAUGAUGACAAUAUAAAACCCAAUGGUGAUAUUGCCAGUGGUUCUACUGAUCUUGGAGAAAGCUGGCUUGUGCCUGAGAAUAACACCAUAUGCUCCAGUGGUGGGACAGAAGAGCAGUGUGAUCCUGUGUUGGAGAGUGAAGCAAAGAAGAACAUAGCAUGUGGCAUGAUCACAGACCCAACAGGAAUCUUCAAGGACUGUCAUACCAAAGUGCCUCCAGAGAAUUUCUUUGAAAAUUGUGUUUAUGACAUGUGUUUCACUGGUGGACAGGCAACAUCCCUAUGCUAUGGACUACAGGCCUAUGCUGAGUCAUGUAUCAAUGCUGGCAUAUGCAUAGAGUGGAGGAAUGCUACUCUUUGCCCAAUGUCCUGUCCUGGAGGCAGCAUCUACAAGAGCUGUGGUACUAGGUGUCCCUCUACCUGUUUGAACAUCUCAGCAGCUGAUUCCUGCAGUUCUUUACCAGUGGAAGGUUGCUUCUGUAAGGAAGGUUAUGUUUUGAGUGGAGACAAAUGUGUGCCAGAAAGCAGCUGUGGUUGUGUUGAUGAAAAGAACCAGUAUCACCAGCUGGAUGAAAGCUGGUUCACCCAUUAUCCCUGCACUGAACGCUGCACCUGCAAGGCUAAUAACACCAUUGAAUGCACAUCCUGGGAGUGUGGAGUCCAAGAGGAAUGCAGCAUUCAGGAUGGUGUGCUGGGCUGUCAUUCCAAUGGUCAAGCAACAUGUCAAGUGGUAGGAGAUCCCCAUUAUUUCACUUUUGAUGGAAUGAAGUACACUUUCAUGGGAACCUGCACCUACACUUUGGUUGAGGUUGUCAACACUUCCACCAAUGUCAUUCCUAUAACCAUACUGGGCAAGAAUGAAGACAGAGGACUGAGAGGGGCCACAUACCUGAAAGAAGUCUAUAUAGAUGUGCAUGGUGUACGAAUCACCCUUCAGAAAAACCAAGGAAUCCUGCUGAACAAUGAGAGAGUCUACACUCCAGUGGAGAACCGACUGCAAGGCGUGUCCAUUGGAAAUGUUGGCAGAUUUAUAGUCAUGGAAACUGACUUUGGUGUGAUAGUGAAAUACGACGGCAAUCACCAUCUGGAAAUCACCCUCCCACAAUCUUACUUCUCACAGGUGCAUGGCAUGUGUGGUAAUCUCAAUGAUAUUCGUGAAGAUGAUCUGUCCUUGCCCAAUGGAACAGUCGUCAGUGCCACACAGUUUGGAAAUAGCUGGAAAGUGGAGGAAGACAGUGAUAAGGGUUGCUUACCAGACUUAAGAGAAGAUGAUAAUCCUCCUUGCACUGCUGAGAAUAAACAAGUCAUUGAAAGCCAGUGUAAUGUCCUAAAAUCAGACAAAUUCAAAGUAUGCCAUAAUCUAGUCAACCCUGAAGACUUUGUAGAGAUCUGCAUCUAUGACAUGUGCCAGUAUGACGGCAUGAAGUCUGCUCUCUGCGACAUAGUUCAAGCCUAUGUGGAGACCUGCAAGAACCAUGGAAUCACCAUUAAAUGGAGGAAUAACACAUUCUGUCCAUUGCCCUGCCCAUCCCGGAGCCAUUACAAAGACUGUGUCUCCGCCUGCCCAUCAACAUGCAAUGACAUUUUUGCCUCUUCCCUUUGUGACAAGACAGAAGAAUGUACAGAGGGCUGUGAGUGUGAUGAUAAUUAUGUGCUCAGUAAUGGCAACUGUGUACCUCUGAGCAGUUGUGGCUGCAGGGAUGAUGACAACAAUUACUACAGUGCUGGGGAGACAUGGAUAACUCCACACUGUGCCAGAAGAUGCCAGUGUCAGAAGAACGGUGUCAUCAGUUGUAACAGCUAUAGCUGUGAUUCUAGAGAAACAUGUGUGAUCCAAAAUGGAAAAUACAAGUGCCAUCCAACAGGUUUUGGAAGAUGCCAGAUCCUGGGCGACCCACACUACACCACCUUCGACGGUCUGGUGCACCACUUCCAAGGGAAAUACACGUAUAUUUUGGCUCAGACCAUCCCUGACCUACCUGAUACUCUCACGCCGUUCAGCAUUGAAGGCAUUAACUCUCCUUUACUCCUAUUUCGACACAUUACCUACCUGAAAGAGAUUCUCAUCAAUGUUUACAACCACACAGUGCGAUUCAGGCAGAACAAGCAGAUUCUGUUGGAUGGUGUCCGUGUGAGACCCCCUCUUCGACCUCAUGAAGGUAUUCAUAUAUAUCAGAGGAUAACAAGAAUUUACCUAGAGACAGAUUUUGGCUUGUAUGUGAGCUUUGAUGGCAAUCAAAAUGCAGAUAUAAAGCUGGCCAACACCUACGGAAGCAGAGUGGAAGGCUUGUGUGGUGACUUUGAUGGGAGAUAUAGAAAUGACUUCACAAAUCCAGAUGGUGUUUGGGUGAAGAACGUGAAUGUAUUCGGUGAAAGUUGGAAAGUUCCUUUAAAAAGAAGCUCUCGUUUCAGACGAGAUGUCAACUCAGGAAAUGAGUCUGCGGAGGAGCCAGAUCCAGGGCUUUACCAAGGUUGCAACGAAAAUCAGCUGGAACAGCAAAAUGCAACUUCAAGAUGCCAAAUCCUGACUGACUUGAAUGGUCCUUUUGCAAAGUGUCAUUCCACAGUCCUACCGGAUUUCUAUUUCACGAGCUGCCUGUUUGAUAUGUGUGUGGAAGGAGAUGAGGUCACUACCUUGUGUCGCAGUCUGGAGGAAUAUGUGCUGGCCUGUCAGCAGCAAGGAGUCAGUAUGGAUGGCUGGAGACAACAGACAGUUUGUGGUAUAUCAUGUCCUGCCAACAGCAACUACAGCUCAUGCACGUCUGCAUGCCCAGCAUCCUGCAACGACCUGACCAGCCCUUCUGAGUGUGAAUCACCUUGUGUGGAAGGCUGUGAAUGUCUCCCUGGCUAUGUUCUUAGUGGUUUUGACUGUGUGCCUUACAAAGAGUGUGGCUGCACAUACCUGAACAAAUACUAUGAGAUUGGAGAAAUAUUCACCACUGAUGACUGCUCUCAGACAUGCCAGUGCACAGAAAGCUCCACUGUUUUCUGCUCUGACAAAGUGUGUGGGUCUGAUGAAAUCUGUGGCAUCUCCAACUACACUCGUGGAUGCUACAGGAGUGGACCAUGUAUGCCAAACCCUUGUCAGAAUGAUGGUGUUUGCUCUGAAACUACCAAUGGCACCUCUCUCCUCUUCUACUGUGAAUGUUCAGAGCUGUACACAGGAGCAACGUGUGAGGCUGAAAAGAUAGCUGAAGACCCUGACACAGAGGAUCCCAAGGACUAUACAUAUGCCAUCGUCAUCGGAGUCGUGGCAGGUGUAAUUGUUAUUGUCAUUCUCAUCUCAUCUACAGUGUACCUGUACAGGAGAAAGAGAAAUGUGGAUACACAGACAAUAACAAGGGAUUCUUCUUUGAAGUGGUCCAGGGAUGAACUGGAUGCCAGAGUACACGAGCAAGAUUAUGGCUGCAUCGUAAACAGUGCAUUUGAUCAAAAUGAAUCCCAAAAUACACAGCUAUAGUUAACAAUAUUUUUCCAAUUCAUUUAUCAUACUUUCUGCUCUUGUAUUUUAAUUAUAUUUCUACUACUUUGAGAAGAAAUAAUAAUAAA